AGGAUAAAGGCGGGGUUAAGGCGGGCGGCGCGCAUGUGCGGGAGGUGGAGACGCCGGAAGCGGCGGUGGGAGUCGAGCGGUGCCGGAUCUCCUCAGCGGCGUCGGAGCGCACCGCGGCCGUCGGGCUGUGCCCGCCAUGAGCUGCCGGCAGCCGCUGCCCAGCGAGCGGGGGGCCAGGCAGAGGAAGAGGAGGCGCAAUGGCAAUGAAGAUGACAGUCAUAUUCCACAGACCAAACGUAGUACCAGGAAUACUGUCCUUCAGGACUCUUGGGACACUGAGUCCAAAUGCGUAACAGAAUGUGCACCACAGCCUGGGGAAAUGAAGGUGGCUGUAACGAAAAACAGUAAGGAACACAGACUAAAAGGAAACAAAGUGUCCUGUGCGUCCUCCAGCAGCGAUAGCGGCAGCAGCAGCAGCAGCUGUAGUAGCAGUAGCAUCAACAGCCCUGACAGAGCGAGCGGCCCAGAACCCAGCCUGAACCCCAUAGUUACGGGAUCCAGUCCUGUCUCCUCUCAGUCCUUCCAUGAGCAGUCUGCACUAAGUCAAGGUCCUUACUUCCACAUCAACCAGAUCCUGAAGGAGGCACACUUCCACAGCUUACAGAGCCGGGGACGCCCUCCUACAUGAUGAACCAGCAGUUCCUUGCCUUCUGUGAAGGGACAGCACUGUGUAGAUUGGAUAUUUCAACUUAGUUUGUUAAAAUGAAAUUGCACAAAACGCCUGUUGCCUUUUCAGUCUAUAUUUGAAAUGAAAUAACAGGUUAACAGGAAAUUGUUUACUUGUGGUUUGCUGCACUAUUGCAAUGCAAAAGGGGCUUUGAAGCAAUUUUUAUAGGAUUCUUUUUGGGGUGGUUUUAAAGUACGUGUCAAAAGGAGACUGAGGAAUCCACAUCUGUGAUAUAGGAUUGCAUAACGUCCAAUUCCAAUUGACUGCCUAAUCUGUUAGCAAUUUGUUGCUCUGUGUAAAAUUCUUUCCAGCGUUCAUCUUCAGUUUUAUAAGUCUUUUUUUUUUAUUUCAAUAAACCAGUAAAAAUGUAUUUGGGAAAAUAAUUUUUUGAGCAUUUAGUGGUAAUAAGGCAGUAAAAGUAAAUGCUGUCACAGGAAUGCUGUAGGACUGCUAUAGCUGCAAGCUCUCCACCAGGUUUGGGGUGUGAUGAGCGCUGUCUGCUUUAUCUUUACUGUUGCAGUAUUGAAAAUAAAUUGUGAAACUAGAACCAGGAAAGCUUAGGCAGCUGUAGCCAAAAUACCAGAUGCCUGCUGGUUUCAUUUAGUGAACAGACACAUGGUAUCUGCUGAGGAAAGCAUAGAGUAGCCUGGGGAGGAGCUUUUGAAGGAAAGAGGAAUCUUGCAUUGCUCUAAUACCAAUUUCUAGCUGUGAAAUGUUUUGUUUUCUGUUACAUCGUGUAGUUUUAUUUCUUUAACUUGACUUUAAGGUUAACAACUCCGAAGGAAUAGGAAGUAAAAGAGUAGCUAGAGCUCUGGUUCAGCAGCCAGAGUGCAAGGACUGUCCUGACCUGUUCCUGGUUUAAGUGGCAUGCUACCAUCUGGCUGAGGAUGGAAAGUACUUCUCUCCUGACAACACCAGUCCCUGCUGCAGGGAGAGCGUUUGCAGCGAAGACAAAUGCGGAGCCAAACUCUUUUAUUGAAUCACUUGGUCAUGCCAGAAAGCCAUCCCAGCUUGAAGAGAGAAGAUGCAGCUGUGUCUUCCUCCUCAGUUACAAGUUGCCUGAACAAGGAGCCAGGGCGCAAGGCCUCGUCGUCUUCUGCUCUUGUGAACGCAGGAGGUGGAACCUGUUUUUAAAUACAAGAGAGUCAGGAAUGAUUACAGCAUACCUUUGACCAAUCCUUCAUCUACAGUAGCUGCAAGGGGGCACAGACUACAGCAGAAGAGCUGUUUCCAGACAACCUAACUGGCUUUGCAAUGACAAGCAGCCAAAGGUUGUUCUGAGAGGUGGAUGCACAGCUUCUUCGUGUUAGCAACUAUACAGAAGUCAUUCAGUGCUCAAACACAGUAAUUCUGCAGUAAGGAAAAGGCUGUUGUUGCUCAGAACAAUGGGGCAACAAAAGUAGAAGUACAGCUGUUGCUUUUGUAGAAAGCUGCUCUUGAGUAAUUGCCAACUUUAACCUCUCUAGAACUGUUCUAUGAUAAAAGGAACAAGUGAUUCUGCAGAGUGGAGUGAAUGCAGAAUGUCCAUGUACUCCAUAGCCAUUGCUGCCCCCUUAGCAGGGGAGUGGUGGAAGCAAGGCAAACAUCACUGCACACUUCUACAUGCUACUACAGCUGAGGUGAAAGAGGUAAAGAAUACAUUUACUGUUAAGGUUUGGGCUUUUUAAAUAACCCUGAUACUGUAUCUGUCUUUUAGUACUUCUAAAUGAUAGAGAACAAGAAUUGCAGAGUAAAUGCCAACAUCUCAAGUAACGCUCUGCUUUGAUAAAGCCAGCUCUUUAUUCUUCCAUCCCAGCUGAAGAAAAUGGAUCACUAACUCCUGCUUCCUGUAGCAGUAAGGUAUCCUUUGGCUCUUUCAAUCCUCAGCACAGGGAGCUCCACCUAAGCAAAUGUUUUAAACUGGAGGAAACGUGGCAGCAUAACGUUUGUCUGCUAGUAAAACAGCAACAAGACGAGGCAGAGCCUUUGCAAGAGAAGCAAGCCACUCGGUUCACACAGGCUGAAAUACCCAGGCCAACUUCAUCAGGAGUUAAAGGUCAGCAUCGCACUGGAAGGGAGUUGAAAUAAUUAGAUAAUAUCCUUUAACAUUUCUUGCAGCCAUACUUAAAUGAAACCCUUUUAUGCAUUGAUCUCAAAACCUGAUCUGUGCAAAGCUUCACUGCAUUUUCAUGAUGGAUAUUGCUAAUUUUUUACCAUACAGCAAGCGGGCCCCAGAAAUAUCCCAGGGCCAUCAGGUUUCUUUUGAGGGUCGAGGGGAAAUCCAACCCAUCUCAUGCUGUGUUGCCGUAAUGGUUCUCUCAUUUUACAGAAAAUAAAAAUCAGGUUAAAUAUUAA